AUCAACAACAAUGUUACCAAAUGGCACAGCAAAGGAUAUUACAACAACGUUCAAUACUACAAAACAAUCCGCAGAUUUACGGAAAAUUCCCAGCAUCACCAUGGGAACCAUCUAAUGCAGCAGAAUCAAAAGCAGUGGUCUCGACAAAGGAAAAAGCAGAAGCCUCGAUGGAGGAAAAGGCAGAAGCAAAAGUGGAAUGUGCAACAGCAGCAACAACAGCAGCACAAAACCCCCAAAAAAACGAGCUCAACCGACCACUCGACAAACCAGAACAAAUGGACUGGGAAGCAAAGACAUGGACAUUUUACAAAUCAGGGCCACCGUUCGAUCUUGCAUUCUCAUCAGAGGAAAGAGAUAAACAAUUGACAAGAUUCUUGGACUUUUCAGUUGAUGAUUCUGACGGCGAUUCUGAAGAUGAAGAAGAGGAUGCUGUGACAAGAAUGAGAGCACAGGUGGCACAGACGGUACAGGCGCGAGUUUCUUUUGAUGAUUCUUCAAGCGACGAGGGAUAUGCACUUUCCAAGGUCCCUCUGAACGACGAUGACUCUGGAGACGAGACAUCGUUUGACGGAGCAGAGAUCUUGUAUGGAGAGGAUGUAGAUGUUGAGAUGAAGGAUUUGGAUGAUAGGGAGGAUGAAGAAGGAGAGUGGAUGUUGGUCUAGAGUAGGGGAAGACUUGAGUGAGAGGCGUGUGAAGCGAUAGAUGUUGAGGAGAUGGAGCUACCACGAAUGGAACAGAAC